GCGCAACUUCUCUUGGUGGGCGACGUCGGCCACGCGGCCACCACGCCGCGCGCAGCUACUCCCACGCGGCUUUCUUCCUAUUCCCCAUCCUUUCUUUAACCCACUGCUCCUCGGCUCUUGCAGUCUUGCCCGACCCAGUUCCCCUCCCGUCGAUCCGAGCUGAUCCGACCGCCCACCCACCGCCGCUCAAGACCAAACCACCGCGCCGCUGGUCCGCCCGGCUCAUUCCGCUGCGCGAUCCAGGUCACUUCGUCGCCGGCCACCGGAGUCGGCCUGGUCACUUCGCCGCUGUCCGAGGAGAUCGCGGCUCAGUGCCAGGAGCAUCCUGAUUGGCUUGGAUCCUUGGAUCUUUCGCGGCAAAGGUAAUUCUGGUUCUUUGCACGGUCUAGCUUGUAUCCAAUAUGGAGGUAGAGAAGAAGUCCAAGGAUGAAAUACAUCUCAAGAUCAAGAGCAAGGACAAGUCGUCGGGCAAUGAGGAGGACGAGAAGAAGGAGAUCGAGAUAGAAAUCGAUGCUAAGGUUGUGGAGAAGGAAGAGGUAAAGCAUGACUCUGGUGGUGGUUCAAAGUCUGUAGACAAAGGUAAGGAAAUUAAGACAGACAAAGAUAAGAAGUCAGAGAAGCACGCAGAUGAACAUGAAGGUGGUGAUAAGGAAGGUAAGAAGAAGGAUAAAAAGGAGAAAGAUAAGAAAAAGAAGGAAGAUGGCGAAGGCACGGAAAAGGAGAAGUCCAAGAAGGAGAAAGAUGAGAAGACUGAGAGCAAAGCGAAAGAUGAAAAGAAAGGCAGCAUCAAGAAGACUGGAGCUGAUGCAGAUGACAGUAGCUCCAAACACGAAAAGAAAGAUAAGGACAAGGGGAAGAAGAAGGAUGAAUCGGACUCGAAGGGUUUGGGCGAUGAGAAAAAAGAGAAAGGCAAAGACAAGGAGAACAAGAAGAAGGAUAAAGAAGUGGAUCAGGAGGACAGUCAGUCAGAGCAUAAGAAUGGAAAAGGGGCACAUAAUGAGGUUGCAAGUGCAGAGAGGAGCAAGGAUUCCAUGUCUGGAGGUUUGGGCACAAGAGAAAUGAAGUUAACAAAUGAUGAAUCGCAAAAGAAAGGAACUGAUACUUCUGAAGAGAAGGAUAGUGCAGACAAAGUCAAGGAUAAAAGGAAGAGAGAGAAGGAGAAGAAACAAGAUGAGAAAAUCGACGGCGGGGAUGGACAAGGCGAGAAGAAAGACGAAGAGAAGAAGGACAAGAAGAAAGAUAAGGUUGACAAGAUGGAAGAAGGCAAGAAGAAAGACAGAGAUAAGAAGGGCAAGGAUGGCGAUGGUGAGGAAGAAGGUAAGAAAAAGGACAAAGAUAAGAAGAAAGACAAAGACAAGAAGGGCAAGGAUGGUGAUGGUGAGGAGGAAGAAGGUAAGAAAAAGGACAAGGAUAAGAAGAAAGACAAGGGCGCCAAGGAGAAGACGAACGACCCAGCGAAGCUUAAGAAGAAACUGGAGAAGAUCGAUGCCAAGUUACAAGACCUACAUCUUGAGAAAGAUGACAUCCUGAGGCAGCUGAAAGAGCUGGAAGAGGGAAAGACCACUGAAGAGAAGCCUGUGAAGAUGCUUGAAGAGGGGAAGACCAACGAAGACGUUGGUCCUGCAGUCUGAUCUUUGAUACUCUUUCUAAAGUUAUUACACUUGAUGUAAACAAGAAUCCUGAUCCGAGUAUGUGCAUACAUUUCUGUGUGCCGUAAAGAACUGUAUGAAUAACUUGAGCGUUAAGAAUAUAUACCAGUGUAUUUUUACUACUUCAGGAAAAUAAA